GAGGAGGGUAUAGAAGUAAUUGCAUUCUACGAAGCGGUAGUGUUAGUAUAGUAUAUGAUAUUUGGGGAUACAUGUAAUGGAGGUGCAGCGCACCGCCUAGGGUUUGUUAAAGGGGAGGAAGCAGACGCAUAAAAUGGUGGAGAGGACGGGAAAAGGCAGAAAAGAGGAGGUUGUCACCAGAGAGUACACCAUCAACCUCCACAAGCGUCUCCAUGGAUGCACAUUUAAGAAGAAGGCUCCAAAGGCUAUAAAAGAGAUCAGGAAGUUUGCCCAAAAGGCCAUGGCAACAACUGAUGUCAGGGUUGACGUUAAGCUCAACAAGCAUGUGUGGAGCCGUGGGAUCCGGAGCGUGCCUAGGAGAAUUCGGGUUCGUAUUGCACGCAAGAGAAAUGAUGAGGAGGAUGCUAAGGAGGAGUUCUACUCACUGGUUACUGUUGCUGAGAUCCCUCCAGAGGGUUUAAAAGGGUUGGCCACCAAGGUCAUUGAUGAAGAAGAUUGAGCGUGGAAUCGGUCCAUCCUUCCAAUUUUUCGAUAUUUUUUAGUUAGUUAACCCAAUUUGUGUUUGAUUCUCUUGUUUCUUUCAAGGAACCUAAAAGUUGUUAUUUUUGCAUUUUGUUGUUCUUUGAUGUCAAAUGCUAGUACUUCAUUUAUACUUUUGGUUGGGAAAAUGUUUCAGCUUAGAAACAUUACAAAGUCCGGUCUUGCCUGUAACUUGAAUUUUGGAUGGCCUGGAUCGUCUAUUUAUGGUGUUCAGCCCACCAUUAAAGUUUCUAGUGCUAGGAAUUCCGAGCAAUGUAUGCUUUUGUUCACUAAGAAUUGUUUCAAGUUCAAAUAAAUCCUUUAAUUAUCA